CAUCCGGCCGAUGAUAUCACGACCCAGCGUGCAUCCUAUGAAACCUCUGCCCCGGGGCUAGGGUUUCCUCCCAGCCGUCAUCGCUUCACGUCCGCUACAGACCGGCGAGGAGACGAAAGGAGGGAGUUUUGAGAAGCUCAAAUGGCUCCUAAAGCCGCUCCUGCCAAGAAGGGUGAUGCCAAGGCCCAGGCCUUGAAGGUGGCCAAGGCUGUGAAGUCUGGGGCAGGCAAGAAGAAGACCAAGAAGAUUCGCACAUCUGUAACAUUUCACCAGCCCAAGACCCUGAAGAAGGCCAGGGACCCGAAGUACCCAAGAAUCAGCACUACUGGAAGAAACAAGCUUGAUCAGUACCAAAUUCUCAAGUACCCCCUCACCACAGAAUCUGCAAUGAAGAAGAUUGAAGAUAACAACACUCUGGUCUUUAUUGUUGACCUCAAGGCAGACAAGAAAAAGAUCAAGGCUGCGGUCAAGAAGAUGUAUGACAUUCAAGCAAAGAAGGUCAACACCCUGAUCAGGCCUGAUGGGAAGAAGAAGGCUUAUGUGAAACUGACACCCGACUACGAUGCCCUUGAUGUGGCCAACAAAAUUGGCAUCAUCUAAGUUAAUAGGCAACUGGAUUCGACAUCUGUGUCCUACUAGUUCUGAGCAUACCAACAGAUUUUUCUAUGUUACUAGUAAUUUUGUUUGUCAUAUUUGGUUUUUUUGCAACUAAGUCUUGUUCGCAGUUGCAGACUACAUAUGCCUGUAUUGAGAUCCUGGUUGCCAAAUUAACCAUCUUGAACUGGCAUUAUUCCACUUUACGUAUAAUGGCUGAAUCUGUUGUGGCGUUGUGCGAA